AAAAUAUUUUUUAACUAAACGAGAAUGUUUUGCUACAGUGUGUUAUUUUCAAUAUUUUUUUGCGCUACAGCAUUUUGUGAAAUAAAAAAUUCAGAAGACGCAAAAAUUGUCAUGGAUUUUUCAAACCUAGGAAUAUUCCGUGUAAAUAAUUUUUUUGUCAACAGUUCAAUUGUAACUCAUAUUUAUCUCUCUAAAAAUAAUAUUUUGGAAAUCGAAAAGAAAGCAUUUGACGGCUUGCCGAAUUUGGUUUAUUUAAACUUGACCGGAAAUUUAUUUUCUUUUUCUUUAUGGCAAGUGAAGCAUAAAAAUCUUGAAACACUUGUUUUAGACAAAACAUUGCGGAUUCUUGGUCCGCGCGAUUUUUAUUUCACUGACGACUGCCGGAUGGCUAAAUACUACAGGAAGUUUCCGCCUAAUCAUCAAAAUUCUGUGCAGCUUUUGUUACUGAUGCCCAGACUCAAAGAAUUGUAUCUUCGUGGGAAUAAUAUAGUCAAAAUAUUCGGAUUGGCCAAAGAAAGAUUGCCGAGUCUCACUCAUCUUUAUCUCAGUGAUAAUAAUAUUUCAGAAGCGGAUUUCAUCCACUUGCUUCCGAUGUCUUUGACUCACUUAUAUCUUAAUAAAAAUAAUUUUUCUGAAAUUUCUUACUCAUCACAGCCUUUCAACAUUUCAAAAGACGGCUCACAUUUUUAUACAGUUGAAUUGAGUUUGUUUUUCAAUUUGGUGAAUUUGCAAGUUCUGGAUUUGUCUUAUAAUAACAUCAAUCGAAUUUUGGAUCAUACAUUUGAAAAUUUGACGAAUUUAAUCACACUUCAUUUGGAUUACAACAAUUUAUCAAAUGUGUUUAAUAGCAGUGGUUUGGAAAGUUUGGAAUAUUUGUCUAUGAGUCAUAAUCAAAUUCGUGAUAUUAAUCAAUCUUUUUUUGGACUGCCAAAACUUGAAAAAUUAGUCCUGAACAAUAAUUUUAUUAGUUCAAUUUCUUCUGAAACGUUUGAUGGGUUGAUUUCUUUGCAAGAAUUAAACCUUUCUGGAAAUUCUUUCAAAGUUUUGCCCGAGAACUGGAUUUCAAAAAUAAAUUUGAGAGUUUUGUACUUGCGUGAUAAUCUGUUUGAAAAUUUUGAUAAUUUGUCAGUCAUCGGUGUUACAAGUUUAGAAUAUUUGAAUGUUGGAGGGAAUUUAUUGAAAUUGCGAAAUUUAAAAAGCUUGUCAACUUUUGCAGAAAAUAUUACUAUUGAUUUUGGAAAAGCAAUAAAUGAAGUCUAAUUAAUAUUUUGAUAA